CAGCAGCAGGUGUGUGCCUAUCACCAUGGGGAUGCUGGUGCCCACUGCUCUAGCUCUUGGGCUGCUGAGCUUGUUCCAGCAGCAGCUGGGUUCCCUCUGGAGUGGCCUGGCCAUCCUGUUCUGCUGGCUGAGAAUAGCCUUGGGGUGGCUAGAUCCUGGAAAGGAACAGCCACAGGUCCCGGAUGAGCCUCAGGAGACCCAGGAGACCCAGGAAGACAGGAACAGUACUCAGCCCACAACCCCUGUUAGUGUCAACUACCACUUCACUCGUCAGUGCAACUACAAAUGUGGCUUCUGCUUCCACACAGCCAAGACAUCCUUCGUGCUGCCCCUGGAGGAGGCCAAGCGAGGACUGCUUCUGCUCAAACAGGCUGGUAUGGAGAAGAUCAACUUUUCAGGAGGAGAGCCCUUCCUCCAGGACAGGGGUGAAUACCUGGGCAAGCUGGUGAGGUUCUGCAAGGAGGAGCUAGCCCUGCCCUCUGUGAGCGUGGUAAGCAACGGCAGCCUCAUCCGGGAGAGAUGGUUCAAGGACUACGGAGACUAUUUGGACAUUCUUGCUAUCUCCUGUGACAGCUUCGACGAGCAGGUUAAUGUUUUGAUUGGUCGUGGUCAAGGAAAAAAGAACCACGUGGAAAACCUUCAGAAGCUGAGGAGGUGGUGCAGGGAUUACAAGGUGGCUUUCAAGAUCAAUUCCGUCAUUAACCGCUUCAACGUGGAUGAAGACAUGAAUGAACACAUCCGGGCUCUGAGCCCUGUGCGCUGGAAGGUUUUCCAGUGCCUCCUAAUUGAGGGUGAGAACUCAGGAGAAGAUGCCCUGAGGGAAGCAGAAAGAUUUCUUAUAAGCAAUGAAGAAUUCGAAGCAUUCUUAGAGCGUCACAAAGAGGUGUCCUGUUUGGUGCCUGAAUCUAAUCAGAAGAUGAAAGACUCCUACCUUAUUCUGGAUGAAUAUAUGCGCUUUCUGAACUGCACCGGUGGCCGGAAGGACCCUUCCAAGUCCAUCCUGGAUGUCGGCGUGGAAGAAGCGAUAAAGUUCAGUGGCUUUGACGAAAAGAUGUUUCUGAAGCGUGGCGGGAAGUAUGUGUGGAGUAAAGCGGACCUGAAGCUGGACUGGUGAGGCUGUGGCCUGAAGGAGACUCUGGCCAGCUACAGGGAAGUCCACGUGCAGCUGUUCUUCACCACGCUCUGUCUUCUGGCUGUCUGGGGACUGUUGUUAUUGAGAAUGCAGUCUGUGUACAACCAUUCUGUGACUGCUUAUACAGCAGAUAGUGGUCCUCCACAGGAAUAGAGUUCUGUUCACAGAGAACAAGGCCCAGUGAUCCCGAAGAACCAACAUUUCAUUUGUAUUUGUAUUUUACUGUGAAUCCCACAUUUCCUUUUUUUCUUUGCAUUCCCCCUGAGAAACUUCGUUAUUUUCUGCUAACUACUCAAGUUUUGUCAACAGGAAACAUCACGAAAGACACCCUCCAAUUACUGCUGACUAUUAUAAUGCUUUUCUGCUUUGGAAUCUUGGAGUUUUUAGUCAGAAAUAUAGAAUCAAGGCAUAGCUCAUAGAGCCAUAAGUGAGACUUUUACUCUUUUGCAAGGAGCAUUUGGAAGAAGUUACUUCUGAGGGCAGGUCAUCUGUUCAAGGCACCAGCCCCUGAUGCUACCCCUUCACGAUGGCUGUUCUAUACUAUGCCAAUUCAUUGAAGAUUCUUGACAAAACCAACAUAUGCUUUACCUUUUGUGGUGUGGCUCUGGGGAUGGCCCUUACGCAGCUGCAACUGCCCGUGCAUUGAGGCUGCCUGAGUCAGGUUGUCCCUCUUUUCUGAAAAGCUCCAAGGGCCAUGAGCCAGGCACAUACAGAAGAGUAGUGGAGGGAUGGGCAGGAAGGACUCCUUCAGGAACAGGAAGUGUGUCGGCUUGCUAUAAAUGUGCCUGCGGCUUCUUAGCAGAUUUCACAAGAAACUCUGAAAGAAGGCCUGGUCUAGGCCAACAUGAGAAACAGUUUCUUCGCUACACCCAAAAGGUAAAAGACAGAAUGUGAACUAGUCAAAAUCUUCUCCCUGUGGAAGUAUUGCAUGAGUUUAUUAAACCUAGACAGUGCCUUACUUCUUGGAAAAUAAUUUCCUAUCAAAGGGUAACAUAGAAUAUUUUGUCUUCUCCAAGAAAUUGAGCUCCUCUGCAAUUCCACUAUGCCCACUAGAGGGCACCAGGACUCAUUAAGCAUCUCAGACACUUUCCUUCUGAGUCUACUUUUAGGACUUGGUGAAUUUUGGUUCUGUUCCUUGUUGUUUUAUUUGUUUGGAGUUUUUUUCUUUUUGGUGCUUAUAUUAAUACUAAAAAUUUUCUAAGGAACUGGAAUUUUGGGUAUUUUCUCACAAAGGAUGUUCAUAGUUUAGUUAGGUCGCUAUAAUUCAACUGAGACAUGCUUUUGUCUCAUUAAAAACAGGUCAGGUUUUUCUAUGUUUUCUACUUUGUUUGCGUGUUUAUUUACCUGUUUUUGCUUGAAUAUAAGUAUAACUAUGUAGCCCAGGCUGGCCUGGAACUCGUGAUGGCCUUAACUACCCCCCCUCAAUUACACAGGUGUAUUACUCAACUCCUAUAUAGAUAUUUUUAAGAGAAAUUUGAGCCACAUCCCCCCCCCCGAAAAUUGUGAUUUUCUUAGUUAAGUCCUGUGUACUUAGUUCACCUGGGAAAUCCCAGAGGACAUGAGCAGACACCAACUUGGCCAAAGGACAAGAAAGCUUUAAACUGAGGUCCAAUCUUCUGAAUUAAAGUAUAUCUCCUCCUGACUGAAGGAAGAUGCAUGUCUCUUUCCCUAAUUAAAGAAGAACAUGAAGAGAGUAUGUUUGGGAAAUGAGUCGUCAUCCUAAAUGUACCACCCAACCCCUCGCACAUGCACAGUAGGUUUGAGAUCUCUACGCUUAAAAUAUUCAAAAAAAAUCUCCUUUUUCCCGCAAGGGAAGAAUUAUGAUAUUUUAUUAUCAUAGUAAAAGUCAAACUUGGAUCAGAUCAUACACUGGUUUACUUUUACAGUGUUACAUCUCUGUGUUCAUUGUGUGAAGCACGUGCUGUCUUCUGGGAGAACUCGAGGAGUGAGCUAAUUGAUGUUCCUUAGGAGUCACAGGCAGGCAUCCCGUGUUCCAUGACUGAUUGAUAAGGAGCAGUAAUACUGUGAAGGGGGGUUUACUCAAGAACUUAGGAGGGUAGGUCUUCCCACACUGAUUUUAAAGCCUUUGGCAUCUGUUAUAUAAUGUGUUCAAUGAGAACAUCGUGGGCUGCUUUUUUUAAGCUGGAAGCUUCAGGGUGUUAAUGGCUAAAUAAUCUGUAAAAGAAAAAAAUGGCCCAGGUUUUGCUCUGUGUUUGGAGUUUGAGGUCUAAUUGUUGCAUAGAUAAACAGGCAACCAAUCAAACCAAGCGGCAGUUAGCUCCUUACAGCAGUGAUUCAGCUCAUGCCCAACCCUCUUGGUGAACUUGUGUUAUAAGCUAUUAUUAGACAAAGUACAAUCAUGUUGGCCUCAUGUGAGUGUGUCCAGAUGAGGUUUAAUGUUAGGGGAUAUAUGUAUAUGUGUCUCCCUGUAGAAUUGCACUGUGUUUUGAGGCAUUGCACUAAUGUAUGGUAACAUGAUCUGUGUAUUAAAAUGUUCUAUACAUGGCCUAA